AUGUCAACCUUCGAUGGUUUUGUCAAGGAGUUUCCCGCUAUACGCAUUGACCAUUUCCGCUCAGAUCCCGCCCGCCCGAAGCCUGCCGCCUGCUUUCUUAGCCAUGUUCAUAGCGACCAUCUGCUGGGCCUCGAAUCCCUCAAGAUGCCCUUCGUUUAUUGCUCGGCAACCACGCGGAGACUGCUGCUCCGGAUCGAGAAGUACCCUCAUCGCGUCAAUUUCGCAAAGGGUAUCCUGGAAAGCCGGAAACAGCACUACCGGCAUCUCAAGACCAUCAUGAGAGCCUUGCCCCUACAGGCGGCUACCGAGAUUGAAUUGAGUCCCAAGGCCCGGAUAAGGGUGACUCUUUUUGAUGCCAACCACUGUCCGGGAGCAGUCAUGUUCCUGAUUGAAGGCGAUGGGAAAGCCAUCUUGUAUACUGGUGAUGUCCGUGCGGAGCCAUGGUGGGUUAAUUCUAUCGUGCAAAACCCCAUCUUGCUUCCUUAUGCUUGUGGUAUGAGGCGUUUGGACUGCAUCUACCUUGACACUACUUUUGCUACUCACGACGAUAACUUCAGGCACUUCCCAACGAAAGCGGAAGGCUUGCGAGAACUAAUCACCAAGGUUGCCGAGUGCCCUGAAGACUCAAUCUUCUACUUCCGGGCCUGGACUUUGGGGUAUGAGCAAGUCUGGAUUGCGUUGACCAAUCUAUUGCAAUGCAACGUGCAUGUGGAUGACUAUCAGAUGAGGCUUUUCGGCUCUAUUGUCGAAAACGGAAACGAUGGCUACAGCAUGUUUGAGGGCCCAUCGCUGGUGGGCUUCCAAGUUGGCAAUCGUUCACAGCCCGGAAUCCUUACCUCAAGCAGGGACACCAGAGUUCACAGCUGUGAGCCAGGGCUGCCGUGUCACAACAGCUUGCAAGAACAAAACAUCGUUUGGAUCACACCAAUCAUAUCCAGGAUGCGCGAUGGAACCGAACUUCGAGAAAUCGGCGCUGGUGGAGGUGGAGGUGACCUGUACCAGACUCAGGAACUGGAGCUUACCGACGAGCUUCAAGAAGCAAUUCGCAGAGAGUUGGCGGGCAAUGAAUCAGCGCUGAAGCAGGUCGCAGAGAUAUUUGAGUCGGCCAAGAUUAGUGGCUCUUCGACCAUAUCCCUCGAUGGGCUUGGACUCGAUAACGGCACGGAACUGUCUCUGAAAGACUUUGUUAAGCUUGUGUCACAGCAUGGUGAUUGGCGAGGGAAGAAAAAUGCAGACGACUCGGUCGCCAACAAACGUCAACGUAUCAUACACUUCCCUUACUCACGACACUCUAGCUAUGAGGAGCUUCGUCAUCUGAUCUCUGCACUCCAGCCCAAAGAUCUCUGCCCCUGUACCGUGGACUUGGCUUCUUGGUCCGAAGAAGUCAGUAUGAAAGCCCUGUUUGGUGAUCUCUGCGCGGAGCUACGGUUUGAACACGACGUGCUGGUCAGGACUAAGGCAUUGGCCUUCCAGAAAGAGCAAGAGGCCACAAACCUGAAACGCAAGAGACAGGAGGAGAGCCAGGAAAACGCUACUGAAGAGUCAGACAAUUUCCCGCUUGUGGAUUCGCGUGCGGAAGGCGGGGUCACCGUCAACAUCGAAGGCAUUAAAACGGCAUUCCGGAAGCUCAAUGGUGGAUCUGACCUGAUCGUGAAUGAUGCUCAAACUUUGGAGGGCACCGAAACCAAUGGACAGGUUGAAUCGCAGGCUUCGUUGACAAGCUCUGCGUUUGAAUCACAACAAGCGGACGUCCUGCCACGCGCGGAUCAUGUUCCAGCAGAGCGUAUCUGGGCAGAUGUAUCGAACUCAACACAAUCUGGACUCAGAAAGUCCACGAGACGAGAGGCAUACCGCAUGGCAAGACGAAGUAUGAAAAGUAGUGAUAGUAGCGGUUGGGACGAUAUCAGCUUGCGAAGUGUAGGCAGAUCCGGACAUGUUCAUGAUGAGCCUGAACUAUAG